AUGGAUUCGGACGAUGGUGCGGGGACUAAGCGAUCUGGUCGAGGCCGUGGCCGCUCAAGGGGAACCCGGGGACGUGGCCGAGGACGCGGGCGUGGCCGUGGCAAGAAAGCAACACGUGUGAUCUCCUCCGACGAGGAGGAGGAAUUGGCUUCCCCCGAACCGGAGAAGGAAAACGGCGAACAUACGGAGAAGCCUUCGUCGGGUAGCAAGCGACGCAGUAUUGAGAUUGAACCAAUCAAGGAACCGAUGGAUAUGGGACAACCACUGCCCGUGCCCGCCGAACCGGAACCAGAGCCGCUAACGGCGGCUACUCUGUUACCCGCUCCGACCAGCGCGCCACUUAUUAUAGACAUGGAAGCAGACAUCUCGCAGCUGGAGGCACCUACUUUCACGACCAUCUCACGUGGCCCACCGGAGCCGAUGCUGCGGUUAAGCUGGUCCCACAAAGUGAACCUGAUCGGCGAGAAGGUACUCAACCCGAUGAUCUACUGCUGCGACCAAUGCGACAACCCAAUCCUGAUCUACGGUCGCAUGAUACCGUGCAAGCACGUUUUCUGCCUCCGGUGUGCCCACUCCGACAACGUGAAGGUGGUGUGUCCACGCUGCAAAGAGAAGGUGAUCCGGGUGGAGCAGACCGGGCUCGGGACAGUGUUUAUGUGCACUCACGGUGGCACACGGUAUGGAAAUACGGGCUGCCGGCGGACGUACCUUUCCCAGCGGGACCUGCAGGCUCACAUCAACCAUAGACACGUGACCAACCCGGCGCCACCGAUGCCUCCAGCCCAAACGAUACAGCCGCUGAUCAUACCGACAGCCCAUCAACCCACCCAGUCGAUGGAGCUGUCGCCUAUGAACAAGCUCCUGGCGGAGAAGGUAGGCACUGGCGUGUCGCCGCUACGCAAGAAUUCAUGUGAGCAACUCAAUUCACCCCGGGCCGGCAUAAUACGAAGCGAACUCGAUAACUACUAUGGUUAUAACAACGGAAUGUACGCAACAGGACACUCUGCCACCAGUCAGCACCUGCACAUGCCGAUUGGUGUUCCCCAGCAGUCACCAGUUCAACAGCAUCUCUCCCGCACCGGUUAUUCGCCGUACGGACACCAAGCUUCGUCCCCGCAACACCAGCAGCAACAGCAGCAGCAAUCAUCUGGCUCAUCCUCUAUAUCAUCGUCUCUCUGGAGUCAGUCCACUAGCCAGUACUAUCGUUAAAGAGCGCUACAUACAUCUCGAUUAAUUCCUGUAGAAAUGGAAUACAUGACUGCGCUACAUAACGACUGCUGCAAAGUGAUGGUGGAAAUAAAUCGAUAGCAAU